AACAGCUCAGACGUGAGGCUUGCAGUGGGCAGAGGAGGAGGAAGGGGCCGUGGGAGCAGAGGAGGUGGCUCCUGCCUCGGUGAGGGCUCUGAGGGUCCUUGCCUGAGGAGGCAGAGGAUCUGGGUGUGGGGCGGUGCUCUGGAAUGCAGCCCCCUUCACUGCUGCUGCUGCUGCUGUGUCACUCAGUCGUCAAGACCAGAGUGCUUCGGUGUGGGGACUUCCCAGAACCCUGUGCCAAUGGAGGCACCUGCCUGAGCCUAUCUCAGGGACAAGGGAGCUGCCAGUGUGCCCCUGGCUUCCUGGGUGAGACAUGCCAGUUUCCUGACCCCUGCCAGGAUGCCCAGCUCUGCCAGAAUGGGGGCAGCUGCCAAGCUCUGCUCCCCGCCCUCCCAGGCUCCCCCAGCCUUCCCUCUCCCUUGGCCCCCAGCUUCUCCUGCACCUGCCCCUCUGGCUUCACUGGCCAGAGGUGCCAGGCCCAACUCAAGGACCCCUGUUCUUCCUUCUGUUCCAAAAUGGGCCGCUGCCAUAUCCAGGCCUCAGGCCGCCCACGAUGUUCCUGUCUGCCUGGAUGGACAGGUGAGCAGUGCCAGCUUCGGGACUUCUGCUCAGCCAAUCCCUGCGUCAAUGGAGGGGUGUGUCUGGCCACGUACCCCCAGAUCCAGUGCCGCUGCCCACCUGGCUUCGAGGGUCAUGCCUGCGAACAUGAUAUCAAUGAGUGUUUCCUGGACCCAGGGCCCUGCCCCAAAGGCACUUCCUGCCAUAACACCUUGGGAUCUUUCUGGUGUCACUGCCCCACUGGGCAGGAGGGUCCACGCUGUGAGCUCCAGCCAGGACCCUGCCCCACUACGGGCUGUCCCAAUGGGGGCACCUGUCAGCUGGUUCCAGGGAGAGACUCCACCCUCCACCUCUGCCUCUGCCCCCAAGGUUUCAGAGGCCCGAGCUGUGAGGUGAAUCCAGAUGACUGUGCUGGGCACCAGUGUCAGAACGGGGGCACUUGCCCGGAUGGGCUGAGCACCUACACGUGCCUCUGCCCAGAGGCCUGGACAGGCUGGGAUUGCUCCGAAGAUGUGGAUGAAUGUGAGGCUCAGGGUCCCCCUCGCUGCCAAAAUGGGGGUACCUGCCAGAACUCAGCUGGCAGCUUCCAUUGUGUGUGUGUGAGCAGCUGGGGAGGCACAGGCUGUGAAGAGAACCUAGACGACUGUGUUGCUGCCACCUGUGCCCCGGGAUCCACCUGCAUCGAUCGUGUGGGCUCCUUCUCCUGCCUUUGCCCACCUGGCCGCACAGGACUCCUGUGCCACAUGGAGGACAUGUGCCUGAACCAGCCAUGCCACGGGGAAGCCCAGUGCAGCACCAAUCCCCUGACAGGCUCUCCACUCUGCCUGUGUCAGCCUGGCUACUCGGGGCCCACCUGCCACCAGGACCUGGACGAGUGUCAGAUGGCCCAGCAAGGCCCCAGUCCCUGUGAACACGGCGGCUCUUGCCUCAACACCCCUGGCUCCUUUGACUGCCUCUGUCCCCCUGGCUACACGGGCUCCCGCUGCGAGGCUGAUCACAAUGAGUGCCUGUCCCAGCCCUGCCAUCUAGGCAGCACCUGCCUGGACCUGCUUGCCACCUUCCACUGCCUCUGCCCACCAGGCACAGAAGUUUCUUCCCUGUGCCAGAAUGGAGGUCUCUGCAUCGACAGUGGCUCCUCCUAUUUCUGCCACUGCCCCCCUGGAUUCCAAGGCAGCGUAUGUCAGGACAGGGUGAACCCAUGUGAGUCCAGGCCCUGCCAACAUGGGGCCACGUGCAUGGCCCAGCCCACUGGGUAUCUCUGCCAGGCCAGUGGUGUGAAGUGGAGACAGACCCUUGCCAGAGCCAGCCCUGCUCCAACGGAGGGUCUUGUGAGACAACAGCAGGACCACCCCUGGGUUUCACCUGCCACUGCCUCCAGAAAGAUCAGACAGCCUAGCAGUAUUCCGGCAAUGUCUCUUGUGACCACGAGAGGGCGGUGUUUGGCUGCUCUUGACAAGGACACGGCUCCACUUCAACAGAGGAUCCAAAUUAAUCUCCUUCAGGACUUAGUUCACAGUCUUCGCCAGUUGCUUUAACGACUACUUAUUCGCUUUUACGCUCUAGUUUCUUUGGGAUCUAUUGAAAAUGCUAUGCAAGUAACACUUAAAGUAAUAUGCUGACUAGAAGAUGUCCCUUCUUACACAGACACAUAAAAUUAUGAAUGACUGAAUGAAGGUGGACGUUCACCUAACAUAAUAUAGAAAAUGAACCCACAGUGAUCAAAGACCUAAAUUUAAGAGAUAAAACUAAAACUCUGAGAAGAAAGCAUAAGAACAAGUCUUCCUGACCUUAUUUUGGCAUCUGUUUCUUAAGGAUGAUACCAAAAUCAACAAGAGGAAAAACACAUAUGUGGAUAAAUGGUCACCAACAUGAUUGCCUUUCCACUUGGCUCUUCAUGUGCUCCAGGCACCAGGCAAGAAUCGUACAAAUCAUUUCUCAAGUGAUUCGUCUGACAACCCACUUAGCAACAUCAGUUCUUUCUCCAUUUCAGAGAUGGGGUCGUGAGGCUCAUAGGAACCCCUGGGGUCACUCAACUACAAAGAGGCUGAGCAGGGGCUAGAACUGCUGUCUCUCUGCCUUUGGAACUUGUGCUCCAUCCACACUGCUCCACCCAGGAACCCAGAGGUCUGCAAAUCUUCCAUAUCGAAUCUCUAGGCCUGAAGACCUCACUGAACUGAGGGGGCAGUGUUGCCUGCCCUUAUGACUGGGGCUUGGCUUGUUGGCCAGGAAUGGCAGCCAGCCUUUAUCUGAGAAAGAGGAGGGUUCUCCCUGGGCACCAGGAACAAAGGUUCAUGUAGCUUCAGGGCUGAGAUGUCUCGUCUGCAGCAUCUGAUUGCAGCCUUCUUGUCAGGUAGGCCCCACAGGGGUGACAAGCACCGAAUUCGAAUCCUGCCUCCGCCUCUCUGUGGGGCAGAGUUCCCUCAUUAGUCAAACAGGGACAGCAUUUCUACCUUCCUCAUGGAAUUGUUAUGGUGACUUAGUGACAUGAUUCAUGUCCCAAAAAGGCACUCAGUAAUCCUUAGCUGUACCUGUACAUGUUACUCCACUGUGAGCCCACUGCUGCCAUGGACUCAACCUCUGCAUUCUCUGUCCCCUCUGCCUGGUUCGCCCUGCUCCCUCUGACUCAACUGUCCCUCCAGAAAGCCUUUUAUCACCUCCAGUGUGGGUGGAGUGUCCCUCAAUUGGGCUCCCACAGCACUGUUGUUCACCCAUCACACCCAGGCCAGCCCUAGGACUGGACAUCACCCACAGCUUGUGUCUCUGGACAUAGUCCCAAGUGUUGAGAUCUGUGCUCUGGAGUUCCCUGAACUGUCAGCUCCUCCUUGGGCCAAAUUUUGUAAUGCUCACUGAAGGAGCUCUUUCCCUCCAAAGCAGCCAAAGCAAGCUGCCCUCAGCCCCCCAUGGCACCUGCCUUCCCCACCCCUUCUGUGCAAUCAGUGGUGCACAGCAUCUUGGGCCUCAUUGGAUGCUAGGAUCCCAGUGUCUUUUGGUGCUUAGUAUUGAAAAUAUUUUCUGGAGGUGAAUUUGGGUUUUGAUGGAAACAUCAGUAGGAUGAAGCUUGGCCACUUCCAACAAACCACCACAGAGCCUGUGCCCCUGACCAAUAUGGCAGUAACCCAGCUCAUGGCAGCCUUUCCCCCUUAGCCCUCACGACUCUCCUCUCUUACCUGCUCCCCAUUCAAUGGUGUUUCUCUCUCUUC